CUGCAGCCGCCGCGCCCAGCAUCCGCGCCACCGCCAUGCGGGAGAUCGUGCACCUGCAAGCCGGCCAGUGCGGCAACCAGAUCGGUGCCAAGUUUUGGGAGGUGAUUAGCGAUGAGCACGGGAUCGACCCCACCGGCACCUACCACGGGGACAGCGACCUGCAGCUGGAAAGGAUCAAUGUCUACUACAACGAGGCCACAGGGGGCAAUUAUGUUCCCAGAGCCGUGCUGGUGGACCUGGAACCCGGCACCAUGGACUCCGUCCGCUCCGGCCCCUUUGGCCAGAUCUUCCGGCCUGACAACUUCGUGUUUGGCCAAUCCGGAGCCGGCAACAACUGGGCCAAGGGCCACUACACGGAGGGCGCUGAGCUGGUGGACGCCGUCUUGGACGUGGUGCGGAAGGAGGCCGAGAGCUGCGACUGCCUGCAGGGCUUCCAGCUGACCCACUCGCUGGGCGGCGGCACGGGCUCGGGCAUGGGCACCCUGCUCAUCAGCAAGAUCCGCGAGGAGUUCCCAGACCGCAUCAUGAACACCUUCAGCGUGGUGCCCUCGCCCAAGGUGUCGGACACCGUGGUGGAGCCCUACAACGCCACGCUGUCCGUGCACCAGCUGGUGGAGAACACCGAUGAGACCUACUGCAUCGACAACGAGGCCCUGUACGACAUCUGCUUCCGCACCCUCAAGCUCACCACGCCCACCUAUGGCGACCUCAACCACCUGGUGUCGGCCACCAUGAGCGGGGUCACCACCUGCCUGCGCUUCCCCGGCCAGCUCAACGCCGACCUGCGCAAGCUGGCCGUGAACAUGGUGCCCUUCCCGCGCCUGCACUUCUUCAUGCCGGGCUUUGCGCCCCUCACCAGCCGCGGCAGCCAGCAGUACCGCGCGCUCACCGUGCCCGAGCUCACCCAGCAGAUGUUCGACGCCAAGAACAUGAUGGCCGCCUGCGACCCGCGCCACGGCCGCUACCUGACGGUGGCCGCCGUGUUCCGCGGCCGCAUGUCCAUGAAGGAGGUGGACGAGCAGAUGCUGAGCGUGCAGAGCAAGAACAGCAGCUACUUCGUCGAGUGGAUCCCCAACAACGUCAAGACGGCCGUGUGCGACAUCCCGCCGCGCGGCCUGAAGAUGGCCGCGACCUUCAUCGGCAACAGCACGGCCAUCCAGGAGCUGUUCAAGCGCAUCUCGGAGCAGUUCACGGCCAUGUUCCGGCGCAAGGCCUUCCUGCACUGGUACACGGGCGAGGGCAUGGACGAGAUGGAGUUCACCGAGGCCGAGAGCAACAUGAACGACCUGGUGUCCGAGUACCAGCAGUACCAGGACGCCACGGCCGAGGAGGGCGAGUUCGAGGAGGAGGCCGAGGAGGAGGUGGCCUAGGGCCGCCGCGCCCCGCCCCCGGCUCACCUUUCACCCUUGACCCUCACCCCCUCUCCCUCGGCGACGCCUGAACCCCGACUCCUGGACACCCCUGCUGGACUCACGCCUGCCUGCCUCACCUUUGACCCCGUGAACCCUGACUCCCAUGAGCCUCUGUGUCCCCGUGACGUCAUUCAUCUCAGCUCCCACCUGCCCUGUGCUUGCCAAGACGGGGACGUGGGAAGAUGGUGGGAGCCAGGCCUGGAGCCCGCCCCCCCAUGCCUUGGGGAGGGGGGCUAGGGAGCCCGCCCCACCCCACUCCUCUGUCUCACUUCCCAUAAAUAAAUGCAUCCAUGGC